ACUGAGACGUAGAUGUACGUCAGGUGGGUACUCAAUAAAAAUUCCCAUCGCCGACGAUCCUCGUUAAUCUCUGCCAAUUCAGUUGCAGAGGGAACCGAAAUCCGGAAGAGGUAAUGGGCAGCGCCCAAUCCGCUGCUUCCAAUCCUCGCUUCGCGACGGCGAGCAGGGCUUUUACUAAGCAGGACCUGGAGGAUCUUAAAUCCCUCUUCGUGUCCCUCGCAGCCCAAUCCCAGAGCGACUCCAAGUACAUCUCUCCCUCUAUUUUUCAGGGUUUUUUUGGCAUUAGUGGACCUCUUGCCAGUAGGUUGUUUGAUUUAGUGAGUCAGAAGAGGAACGAUGGCAUGCUUACUUACGAAGAUCUUGUUAUCUCCAAAGCUGUUUAUGAGAAAGGCACUCGGGAUGAGAUUGAGGAAUUCAUUUACGAGUUAUGCGAUGUCAAUGGCGAUGGAUUCUUGGAAAGGUGUGAUCUGGAAGCUGUUUUGGAUUCAAUCAGUGAUGCUGUUUUUACUCCGAAGAAUUCUCAAGCAGCCUUGAGCUCAUCAAAGGUUGUUAUGAAAGCAUUUUUAAGUGCUACAGAAUUUUCACACGAAGUUGAAGGAAAAGCUGAGAAUUGUAUGUCCUUGGCUGAUUUUAGAAACUGGUGUAAUGUUAUACCAUCUGCAAGAAAGUACCUUGGAAGUUUGUUGAAGCUUCCAGAUACAGUCAGGCCAGGAUUUCAAAUUCCACAUCUGCUUCAUCCAGAAAAUUUGAGUCUUGAAUCCCUGACGCUGCAGAAAGAACAUGCCUGGCAUAUUCUAGGAGCUCUUUCUCAAACGGGAGCACAGCAGUGGAAGCUUGUUUAUCAUAGUGCAAUUAAUGGGCUCAGUUUUUCAACGUUUAUGGGCAGCAUAUCGAGCGUGGAGGGUCCAACAAUUUUAGUCAUGAAGGAUAGUGAAGGCCACAUAUAUGGAGGAUAUGCUUCUCAGCCUUGGGAGAGGCAUAAUGAUUUUUAUGGAGACAUGAAAUCGUUUCUGUUUCAGUUAUAUCCACAGGCAUCCAUCUUCCGUCCUACUGGACAAAACAAUAACUUGCAAUGGUGUGCUGUAAAUUUCAGCUCAGAUAGCAUCCCGAAUGGCAUUGGUUUUGGCGGGCGAGCAAAUCACUUUGGCUUCUUCCUUUCCUCAAGCUUCGAUCAGGGGCACUCAUUCACCUGCACAACUUUCAACAGCCCAUGCUUGUCGAAAACAAACCAAAUUCGGCCCGAUGUGAUAGAGUGCUGGGCUGUAUUGACAAAAGAAAUCAACCAUGAUAAGACUGAACUUGUCAGAGGUUCAGUUCUAGAGAGAUUUAAAGAAGAUCGUAACAUGCUCAAGCUGGUUGGCCUUGCUAAUUCAAGUGAGUAGCUUUCAUAGAUGACCCCCACUUAUAUUCAGAAGAUAUGUCUUCUGCCAAUUUAUCUGGUAUGUUUUCAUGAAUUGAUUAUAGUUUAUAAGGUGCUCUGUAGAGUUUUUUCGAAAAUAUAGAUAUAACAGUUGGUUUUUUUUUCUAGAUUUAAGGGUUGCAUGUUUUGAUCUUUCUUCUCAGUUCUAAUGUUUGUUACUGUGUAAGUAUUUGAUAGAUUUAUUCUUCCUCAAACACUGAAUCUACUGAAACGAGCUUGGCAAUUACUUUGAUUUACUGA